AUGCAGGUGAUAAACCACACUACUGAGAACUCAUCAAGCAGUGACAAGGAGUCAACAGAUGAUGAUAAGGAUUCAAGAAAACCAACUAAAGAACCAGAAACACCCGAAGAACAAGAAAUAGCUUAUGAAAAGACUAGUGAGACUGUUGAAGAUGAGGUUAAAUCAGAUGAUAACGCCAGUGAGUCAGUUGAAUAUGAGGUUAAACCAGAUGAUAAAACCAGUGACACAACUGAAGAUACGGUUCAACCAGAUGAUGGAAGUGAGGGUGAUGUCUCAGGUAAAAUCAGUGACACUGAAGAAGUGAAACCAGAACUGGAAGAAGAUAAGCCCAGUGACAAUGCUGAAGUGGUUGUACCUGAACCUACAGACACAAUAGUUGAAGAACAAAUUAUCACUGAAGCACCAGACAAGCAAACUGAUGCAGGUGAUAAAACCACACCAACUGAAGAGUUAAUUGUUGUUGAAAAGGAAAUUACUUCAUCUGCAUCACCAAAAUUUAGCACAAAAAGCGACUCUGGUACAAGCAGUGAUGAAGAAAAAGCAAAGGAAACUGAAGAAGGCAGCGAGUCAAAAUCGCCUCUUAAAAGGAUUUUUAGAAAGAAAAGUUCAUCAAGCUCAUCUUCAAAAAGUUCAAAAUCUUCUCAUUCAAGCUCAUCAAGCAGUGACGAGGAGUCAACAGAUGAUGAUAAGGAUUCAAGAAAACCAACAAAAGAAAUAGAAACACCCAAAGAACAAGAUGUAGCUGAUGAAAAGACCAGUGAGACUGUUGAAGAUGAGGUUAAACCAGAUGAUAAAGCUAGUGACACAAUUGAAGAUAAGGUUAAACCAGAUGAUGGUAGUGAGGGUGAUGUCUCAGGUAAAAUCAGUGACACUGAAGAAGUGAAACCAGACCUGGAAGAAGAUCAGCAUAUAGAUAAUGCUGAAGUGGUUGUACCUGAACCUACAGAAACAAUUGUUGAAGAACAAACUAUUACUCAAACACCAGAAAAAGAAACUGAUGCAGGUGAUAAAACCACACUAACUGAAGAAGUAAUUGUUGUUGAAAAGGAAAUUAUUUCAUCUGCAUCACCAACAUUUGGCACGAAAAGUGACUCCAGUACAAGCAGUGAUGAUGAAAAAACAAAGAAAACUGAAGAGGGCAGCGAGUCAAAAUCGCCUGUUAAAAGAUUUUUCAGAAAAAAAAGUUCAUCAAGCUCGUCUUCAAAAAGUUCCAAAUCUUCUCAUUCCAGCUCAUCAAGCAGUGACAAGGAGUCAACAGAUGAUGAUAAGGAUUCAAGAAAACCAACUAAAGAACCAGAAACACCCGAAGAACAAGAAAUAGCUUAUGAAAAGACUAGUGAGACUGUUGAAGAUGAGGUUAAAUCAGAUGAUAACGCCAGUGAGUCAGUUGAAUAUGAGGUUAAACCAGAUGAUAAAACCAGUGACACAACUGAAGAUACGGUUCAACCAGAUGAUGGAAGUGAGGGUGAUGUCUCAGGUAAAAUCAGUGACACUGAAGAAGUGAAACCAGAACUGGAAGAAUAUAAGCCCAGUGUUAAUGCUGAAGUGGUUGUACCUGAACCUACAGACACAAUAGUUGAAGACAAAUUAUCACUGAAGCACCAGACAAGCAAACUGAUGCACACAAAAAGUGACUCUGGUACAAGCAGUGAUGAGGAAAAAGCAAAGGAAACCGAAAAAGGCAGCGAGUCAAAAUCGCCUCUUAAAAGGAUUUUUAGAAAGAAAAGUUCAUCAAGCUCGUCUUCAAAAAGUUCAAAAUCUUCUCAUUCAAGCUCAUCAAGCAGUGACGAGGAGUUAUCAGAUGAUGAUAAGGAUUCAAGAAAACCGACAAAAGAAAUAGAAACACCCAAAGAACAAGAUGUAGCUGAUGAAAAGACCAGUGAGACUGUUGAAGAUGAGGUUAAACCAGAUGAUAAAGCUAGUGACACAAUUGAAGAUAAGGUUAAACCAGAUGAUGGUAGUGAGGGUGAUGUCUCAGGUAAAAUCAGUGACACUGAAGAAGUGAAACCAGACCUGGAAGAAGAUCAGCAUAUAGAUAAUGCUGAAGUGGUUGUACCUGAACCUACAGAAACAAUUGUUGAAGAACAAACUAUUACUCAAACACCAGAAAAAGAAACUGAUGCAGGUGAUAAAACCACACUAACUGAAGAAGUAAUUGUUGUUGAAAAGGAAAUUAUUUCAUCUGCAUCACCAAAAUUUAGCACGAAAAGUGACUCCAGUACAAGCAGUGAUGAAGAAAAAACAAAGAAAACUGAAGAGGGCAGCGAGUCAAAAUCGCCACUUAAAAGAUUUAUCAGAAAAAAAAGUUCAUCAAGCUCGUCUUCAAAAAGUUCCAAAUCUUCUCAUUCCAGCUCAUCAAGCAGUGACGAGGAGUCAACAGAUGAUGAUAAGGAUUCAAGAAAACCAACUAAAGAACCAGAAACACCCGAAGAACAAGAAAAUUCUGAUGAAAAGACCGGUGAGACUGUUGAAGAUGAGGUUAAAUCAGAUGAUAACGCCAGUGAGUCAGUUGAAUAUGAGGUUAAACCAGAUGAUAAAACCAGUGACACAACUGAAGAUAAGGUUCAAUCAGAUGAUGGAAGUGAGGGUGAUAUCUCAGGUAAAAUCAGUGACACUGAAGAAGUGAAACCAGAACUGGAAGAAGAUAAGCCCGGUGAUAAUGCUGAAGUCGUUGAACCUGAACCUACAGACACAAUAGUUGAAGAACAAAUUAAAACUGAAGCACCAGACAAGCAAACUGAUGCAGGUGAUGAAACCACACCAACCGAAAAAGUAAUUGAUGCAGGUGAUAAAACCACACCAACUGAAGAGUUAAUUGUUGUUGAAAAGGAAAUUACUUCAUCUGCAUCACCAAAAUUUAGCACAAAAAGUGACUCUGGUACAAGCAGUGAUGAAGAAAAAGCAAAGGAAACUGAAGAAGGCAGCGAGUCAAAAUCGCCUCUUAAAAGGAUUUUUAGAAAGAAAAGUUCAUCAAGCUCGUCUUCAAAAAGUUCAAAAUCUUCUCAUUCCAGCUCAUCAAGCAGUGACGAGGAGUCAACAGAUGAUGAUAAGGAUUCAAGAAAACCAACAAAAGAAAUAGAAACACCCAAAGAACAAGAUGUAGCUGAUGAAAAGACCAGUGAGACUGUUGAAGAUGAGGUUAAACCAGAUGAUAAAGCUAGUGACACAAUUGAAGAUAAGGUUAAACCAGAUGAUGGUAGUGAGGGUGAUGUCUCAGGUAAAAUCAGUGACACUGAAGAAGUGAAACCAGACCUGGAAGAAGAUCAGCAUAUAGAUAAUGCUGAAGUGGUUGUACCUGAACCUACAGAAACAAUUGUUGAAGAACAAACUAUUACUCAAACACCAGAAAAAGAAACUGAUGCAGGUGAUAAAACCACACUAACUGAAGAAGUAAUUGUUGUUGAAAAGGAAAUUAUUUCAUCUGCAUCACCAAAAUUUAGCACGAAAAGUGACUCCAGUACAAGCAGUGAUGAUGAAAAAACAAAGAAAACUGAAGAGGGCAGCAAGUCAAAAUCGCCUCUUAAAAGAUUUUUCAGAAAAAAAAGUUCAUCAAGCUCGUCUUCAAAAAGUUCCAAAUCUUCUCAUUCCAGCUCAUCAAGCAGUGACAAGGAGUCAACAGAUGGUGAUAAGGAUUCAAGAAAACCAACUAAAGAACCAGAAACACCCAAAGAACAAGAAAUAGCUUAUGAAAAGACUAGUGAGACUGUUGAAGAUGAGGUUAAAUCAGAUGAUAACGCCAGUGAGUCAGUUGAAUAUGAGGUUAAACCAGAUGAUAAAACCAGUGACACAACUGAAGAUACGGUUCAACCAGAUGAUGGAAGUGAGGGUGAUGUCUCAGACACAAUAGUUGAAGAACAAAUUAUCACUGAAGCACCAGACAAGCAAACUGAUGCAGGUGAUGAAACCACACCAACCGAAAAAGUAAUUGAUGCAGAUGAUAAAACCACACCAACUGAAGAAUUAAUUGUUGUUGAAAAGGAAAUUACUUCAUCUGCAUCACCAAAAUUUAGCACAAAAAGUGACUCUGGUACAAGCAGUGAUGAGGAAAAAGCAAAGGAAACCGAAAAAGGCAGCGAGUCAAAAUCGCCUCUUAAAAGGAUUUUUAGAAAGAAAAGUUCAUCAAGCUCGUCUUCAAAAAGUUCAAAAUCUUCUCAUUCAAGCUCAUCAAGCAGUGACGAGGAGUUAUCAGAUGAUGAUAAGGAUUCAAGAAAACCGACAAAAGAAAUAGAAACACCCAAAGAACAAGAUGUAGCUGAUGAAACGACCAGUGAGACUGUUGAAGAUGAGGUUAAACCAGAUGAUAAAGCUAGUGACACAAUUGAAGAUAAGGUUAAACCAGAUGAUGGUAGUGAGGGUGAUGUCUCAGGUAAAAUCAGUGACACUGAAGAAGUGAAACCAGACCUGGAAGAAGAUCAGCAUAUAGAUAAUGCUGAAGUGGUUGUACCUGAACCUACAGAAACAAUUGUUGAAGAACAAAUUAUUACUGAAACACCAGAAAAAGAAACUGAUGCAGGUGAUAAAACCACACCAACUGAGGAGGUAAUUGUUGUUGAAAAGGAAAUUAUUUCAUCUGCAUCACCAACAUUUAGCACAAAAAGUGAUUCUGGUACAAGCAGUGAUGAGGAAAAGGCAAAAGAAAGUGAAGAAGACAGCGAGUCAAAAUCGCCUGUUAAAAGGUUUUUCAGAAAAAAAAGUUCAUCAAGCUCUUCUUCAGAGAGUUCUAAAUCUUCUCAUUCAAGCUCAUCAAGCAGUGACGAGGAGUCAACAGAUGAUGAUAAGGAUUCAAGAAAACCAACUAAAGAACCAGAAACACCCGAAGAACAAGAAAUAGCUGAUGAAAAGACUAGUGAGACUGUUGAAGAUGAGGUUAAAUCAGAUGAUAAAACCAGUGACACAACUGAAGAUACGGUUCAACCAGAUGAUGGAAGUGAGGGUGAUGUCUCAGGUAAAAUCAGUGACACUGAAGAAGUGAAACCAAAACUGGAAGAAGAUAAGCCCGGUGACAAUGCUGAAGUGGUUGUACCUGAACCUACAGACACAAUAGUUGAAGAACAAAUUAUCACUGAAGCACCAGACAAGCAAACUGAUGCAGGUGAUGAAACCACACCAACCGAAAAAGUAAUUGAUGCAGGUGAUAAAACCACACCAACUGAAGAGUUAAUUGUUGUUGAAAAGGAAAUUACUUCAUCUGCAUCACCAAAAUUUAGCACAAAAAGCGACUCUGGUACAAGCAGUGAUGAAGAAAAAGCAAAGGAAACUGAAGAAGGCAGCGAGUCAAAAUCGCCUCUUAAAAGGAUUUUUAGAAAGAAAAGUUCAUCAAGCUCGUCUUCAAAAAGUUCAAAAUCUUCUCAUUCAAUCUCAUCAAGCAGUGACGAGGAGUCAACAGAUGAUGAUAAGGAUUCAAGAAAACCAACAAAAGAAAUAGAAACACCCAAAGAACAAGAUGUAGCUGAUGACAAGACCAGUGAGACUGUUGAAGAUGAGGUUAAACCAGAUGAUAAAGCUAGUGACACAAUUGAAGAUAAGGUUAAACCAGAUGAUGGUAGUGAGGGUGAUGUCUCAGGUAAAAUCAGUGACACUGAAGAAGUGAAACCAGACCUGGAAGAAGAUCAGCAUAUAGAUAAUGCUGAAGUGGUUGUACCUGAACCUACAGAAACAAUUGUUGAAGAACAAACUAUUACUCAAACACCAGAAAAAGAAACUGAUGCAGAUGAUAAAACCACACUAACUGAAGAAGUAAUUGUUGUUGAAAAGGAAAUUAUUUCAUCUGCAUCACCAAAAUUUAGCACGAAAAGUGACUCCAGUACAAGCAGUGAUGAUGAAAAAACAAAGAAAACUGAAGAGGGCAGCGAGUCAAAAUCGCCACUUAAAAGAUUUUUCAGAAAAAAAAGUUCAUCAAGCUCGUCUUCAAAAAGUUCCAAAUCUUCUCAUUCCAGCUCAUCAAGCAGUGAUAAGGAGUCAACAGAUGAUGAUAAGGAUUCAAGAAAACCAACUAAAGAACCAGAAACACCCGAAGAACAAGAAAUAGCUUAUGAAAAGACUAGUGAGACUGUUGAAGAUGAGGUUAAAUCAGAUGAUAACGCCAGUGAGUCAGUUGAAUAUGAGGUUAAACCAGAUGAUAAAACCAGUGACACAACUGAAGAUAUGGUUCAACCGGAUGAUGGAAGUGAGGGUGAUGUCUCAGGUAAAAUCAGUGACACUGAAGAAGUGAAACCAGAACUGGAAGAAUAUAAGCCCAGUGUUAAUGCUGAAGUGGUUGUACCUGAACCUACAGACACAAUAGUUGAAGAACAAAUUAUCACUGAAGCACCAGACAAGCAAACUGAUGCAGGUGAUGAAACCACACCAACCGAAAAAGUAAUUGAUGCAGAUGAUAAAACCACACCAACUGAAGAAUUAAUUGUUGUUGAAAAGGAAAUUACUUCAUCUGCAUCACCAAAAUUUAGCACAAAAAGUGACUCUGGUACAAGCAGUGAUGAGGAAAAAGCAAAGGAAACCGAAAAAGGCAGCGAGUCAAAAUCGCCUCUUAAAAGGAUUUUUAGAAAGAAAAGUUCAUCAAGCUCGUCUUCAAAAAGUUCAAAAUCUUCUCAUUCAAGCUCAUCAAGCAGUGACGAGGAGUUAUCAGAUGAUGAUAAGGAUUCAAGAAAACCGACAAAAGAAAUAGAAACACCCAAAGAACAAGAUGUAGCUGAUGAAAAGACCAGUGAGACUGUUGAAGAUGAGGUUAAACCAGAUGAUAAAGCUAGUGACACAAUUGAAGAUAAGGUUAAACCAGAUGAUGGUAGUGAGGGUGAUGUCUCAGGUAAAAUCAGUGACACUGAAGAAGUGAAACCAGACCUGGAAGAAGAUCAGCAUAUAGAUAAUGCUGAAGUGGUUGUACCUGAACCUACAGAAACAAUUGUUGAAGAACAAAUUAUUACUGAAACACCAGAAAAAGAAACUGAUGCAGGUGAUAAAACCACACCAACUGAAGAGGUAAUUGUUGUUGAAAAGGAAAUUAUUUCAUCUGCAUCACCAACAUUUAGCGCAAAAAGUGAUUCUGGUACAAGCAGUGAUGAGGAAAAGGCAAAAGAAAGUGAAGAAGACAGCGAGUCAAAAUCGCCUGUUAACAGGUUUUUCAGAAAAAAAAGUUCAUCAAGCUCUUCUUCAGAGAGUUCUAAAUCUUCUCAUUCAAGCUCAUCAAGCAGUGACGAGGAGUUAUCAGAUGAUGAUAAGGAUUCAAGAAAACCGACAAAAGAAAUAGAAACACCCAAAGAACAAGAUGUAGCUGAUGAAAAGACCAGUGAGACUGUUGAAGAUGAGGUUAAACCAGAUGAUAAAGCUAGUGACACAAUUGAAGAUAAGGUUAAACCAGAUGAUGGUAGUGAGGGUGAUGUCUCAGGUAAAAUCAGUGACACUGAAGAAGUGAAACCAGACCUGGAAGAAGAUCAGCAUAUAGAUAAUGCUGAAGUGGUUGUACCUGAACCUACAGAAACAAUUGUUGAAGAACAAACUAUUACUCAAACACCAGAAAAAGAAACUGAUGCAGGUGAUAAAACCACACUAACUGAAGAAGUAAUUGUUGUUGAAAAGGAAAUUAUUUCAUCUGCAUCACCAAAAUUUAGCACGAAAAGUGACUCCAGUACAAGCAGUGAUGAAGAAAAAACAAAGAAAACUGAAGAGGGCAGCGAGUCAAAAUCGCCACUUAAAAGAUUUUUCAGAAAAAAAAGUUCAUCAAGCUCGUCUUCAAAAAGUUCCAAAUCUUCUCAUUCCAGCUCAUCAAGCAGUGAUAAGGAGUCAACAGAUGAUGAUAAGGAUUCAAGAAAACCAACUAAAGAACCAGAAACACCCGAAGAACAAGAAAUAGCUUAUGAAAAGACUAGUGAUACUGUUGAAGAUGAGGUUAAAUCAGAUGAUAACGCCAGUGAGUCAGUUGAAUAUGAGGUUAAACCAGAUGAUAAAACCAGUGACACAACUGAAGAUACGGUUCAACCGGAUGAUGGAAGUGAGGGUGAUGUCUCAGGUAAAAUCAGUGACACUGAAGAAGUGAAACCAGAACUGGAAGAAUAUAAGCCCAGUGUUAAUGCUGAAGUGGUUGUACCUGAACCUACAGACACAAUAGUUGAAGAACAAAUUAUCACUGAAGCACCAGACAAGCAAACUGAUGCAGGUGAUGAAACCACACCAACCGAAAAAGUAAUUGAUGCAGAUGAUAAAACCAAACCAACUGAAGAAUUAAUUGUUGUUGAAAAGGAAAUUACUUCAUCUGCAUCACCAAAAUUUAGCACAAAAAGUGACUCUGGUACAAGCAGUGAUGAGGAAAAAGCAAAGGAAACCGAAAAAGGCAGCGAGUCAAAAUCGCCUCUUAAAAGGAUUUUUAGAAAGAAAAGUUCAUCAAGCUCGUCUUCAAAAAGUUCAAAAUCUUCUCAUUCAAGCUCAUCAAGCAGUGACGAGGAGUUAUCAGAUGAUGAUAAAGGAUUCAAGAAAACCGACAAAGAAAUAGAAACACCCAAAGAACAAGAUGUAGCUGAUGAAAAGACCAAUGAUAAAGCUAGUGACACAAUUGAAGAUAAGGUUAAACCAGAUGAUGGUAGUGAGGGUGAUGUCUCAGGUAAAGUCAGUGACACUGAAGAAGUGAAACCAGACCUGGAAGAAGAUCAGCAUAUAGAUAAUGCUGAAGUGGUUGUACCUGAACCUACAGAAACAAUUGUUGAAGAACAAACUAUUACUCAAACACUAGAAAAAGAAACUGAUGCAGGUGAUAAAACCACACUAACUGAAGAAGUAAUUGUUGUUGAAAAGGAAAUUAUUUCAUCUGCAUCACCAAAGUUUAGCACGAAAAGUGACUCCAGUACAAGCAGUGAUGAUGAAAAAACAAAGAAAACUGAAGAGGGCAGCAAGUCAAAAUCGCCUCUUAAAAGAUUUUUCAGAAAAAAAAGUUCAUCAAGCUCGUCUUCAAAAAGUUCAAAAUCUUCUCAUUCCAGCUCAUCAAGCAGUGACAAGGAGUCAACAGAUGGUGAUAAGGAUUCAAGAAAACCAACUAAAGAACCAGAAACACCCGAAGAACAAGAAAUAGCUUAUGAAAAGACUAGUGAGACUGUUGAAGAUGAGGUUAAAUCAGAUGAUAACGCCAGUGAGUCAGUUGAAUAUGAGGUUAAACCAGAUGAUAAAACCAGUGACACAACUGAAGAUACGGUUCAACCAGAUGAUGGAAGUGAGGGUGAUGUCUCAGGUAAAAUCAGUGACACUGAAGAAGUGAAACCAGAACUGGAAGAAUAUAAGCCCAGUGUUAAUGCUGAAGUGGUUGUACCUGAACCUACAGACACAAUAGUUGAAGAACAAAUUAUCACUGAAGCACCAGACAAGCAAACUGAUGCAGGUGAUGAAACCACACCAACCGAAAAAGUAAUUGAUGCAGAUGAUAAAACCACACCAACUGAAGAAUUAAUUGUUGUUGAAAAGGAAAUUACUUCAUCUGCAUCACCAAAAUUUAGCACAAAAAGUGACUCUGGUACAAGCAGUGAUGAGGAAAAAGCAAAGGAAACCGAAAAAGGCAGCGAGUCAAAAUCGCCUCUUAAAACGACUUUUAGAAAGAAAAGUUCAUCAAGCUCGUCUUCAAAAAGUUCAAAAUCUUCUCAUUCAAGCUCAUCAAGCAGUGAAGAGGAGUUAUCAGAUGAUGAUAAGGAUUCAAGAAAACCGACAAAAGAAAUAGAAACACCCAAAGAACAAGAUGUAGCUGAUGAAAAGACCAGUGAGACUGUUGAAGAUGAGGUUAAACCAGAUGAUAAAGCUAGUGACACAAUUGAAGAUAAGGUUAAACCAGAUGAUGGUAUGACACUGAAGAAGUGA